CUCGUCGGCCCCCGUUGGCCGCGCCGCCGUGCGAUCAGCGGCCCCCGGAGCGGAAGGAGGGAGGCUGUGGAGGGCGGGACGCCGAGCAGGGCAAGCCGGAGCGUCAGCCGCCGCCGCCGCUGGGCGAGGGUCGCGGGAUGGCAGCGAUUGUCAGAGAGACCCAGAGCAUAAAGGAAGCUGUGGUGUUGAUAAAUGGACUUGAUACUGGCAAAUUUCCACGACUACUGUCUCGUAUUCUUCAGAAGCUUCACUUGAAGGACGAGCAUUCAUUUAAUGAAGAAGAAAAGGAAAAGCUUCAAGCAGCACUUUGUCUGGAAAAGCAAGAGCUUCGCUUGGUGUUGGAAACUGUAUCUUUUAUCUUGGAACAGGCUGCCUAUUAUAAUGUGAAGCCUGCUGCUCUUCAGCAACAGUUAGAGAAUAUCCACCUGAAUAAGGAGAAAGCAGAGGCUUUUGCCCAGGCCUGGACAAAUAUGGGCCAAGAUUUCAUUGAAAAAUUGAGGCAAAGUACAUUUGCUCCUAAAAAGCUUGAAAAGAUUGGAUGGUGUCUUAACCUCGAAAUGGGCCAGUCAACUCAAGCCAAAAUGAAGUCUCCUCAUGCUAUACUUGAACUUGGAGUGAACAGUGAAGACUCUGAGAAUACAGAAAGCAUUUUUGUGGAGUUUAACCAUAGAGAACUUCUAGAUUUUUACAAUAAGGUUGGGAUAUUCGUGACUCAGAUGCAGCAGAAAGCAGAACAGAUCUGUCGAUGGAAGAUUUGGAAACUAUUCAAGCACAGUUGGAUUCUCUUACAUGAACAAGAUGUUCUCAUCCACGGAACACACACUUGUCAACUGCAAAUUUAAUGACUGAGAAGUUUUCAUCACAUAAUACACGCUGAAGAAAUCAAAUGAACUGUUCCCGGUUAUACGGCAUUGCUAUGAUGUUACCACUUUUUGAUAGCUAUACCAGUCAAUUGUUCUUGGCUUUCACUCCUUUUUACUAAAAAUUCAGUAGCUGAAUGCUGUCAGACCAAAAGGUCCCCUCAGUAGAUUUAUAUUUAUUGACAAUAUUUUUGGAUGAAUUGAUGUUCCAACCAUGAUGUGAUUUUUAGAUUUGUCCUCAGCCAGAUUUAGAAAGGAUAUAUUUGAUUCAAAAAUACAAAUAAAAAUUGUAACGUAGCUCUAGGAUAGACUGAACAGCAAUAAUGGCUUUAAUUUGAUAUUGUCAUUUGAGGCUGCAAAAUUCAUGGGACUGCUCUUAUAUUUUCUCGUUUUGUUGCAUUCCAGUGACAGUUUAGAACGACUGUAUCAACCUAUAUUUGAUAUUUAUGAAUUUCAGGUUAUUAAUAUAGACACCCUUCUAUAGAAUUGUACUUCCUAAAGCUAAAAGACAUUGCAAUCAUUUUUUUGUUCCUGUCACAUUUUCCAUAUUGUACGUGUUGAAAACCAAACCGAGAUGUGUUACGUGCUAUGUCAUUGAUUAUAUUGCCAGUUAAUUAAGGAGUCAGAACAAAUCUUCUUGUGGACUCCAAAUGUUCAUGGAAUUUCACACUAAAGUUAAAGGGUUAAAGUGGAAUCAUCUGCAUAUAUUGAAAUAAAUAUGA